AUCUUCGAAUAUAUAUAUGGUGUUUGCUCGUAUUUUGCAACUUGUUAGAAUCACUAUCAACUAUUAAUAUGUUUUACUUUAUUUGAUGCAGGGUUGUAGAGCCGCGAAUUGGGAAAACCAGCCUACAAGAGCCUUGCCACAAAAUCGAAUGGACUUUCUUCCAAUUAUUCCAGAAAACAUCACGCCGAGCCAUAGUGGGUACCUAUCCCAAUUGUCCGUCGCGACUUCCAGGGUGAUCCAACUCGUCAAGCGCCUCUUUCUUGUGGGGAGAUGCCAACCAAAUACAUACCGUUCCCCUUUCAAUGAGGGGUUGGAGUUUCGUGCGGCUGUUUGCUUUCUAAAAUUGCUUCCAUUAAAAAGGUGCUGUGUAUUGAUAUUAACCUUAGAAAAGUGCUACGAUAAAAACAUCACAGCAGUGGAUCGUAAAAAUGCAGGAAUCCCAACCAUAAACCAGAGUUUAUCUAUACUUUAAAUCCUUAUGGUCAUUUUGCUGCUCUAACCUACUAAAAUAAAA